CUCCCUCUGCGGCUGAGCGGCAGCUAUACAUCGUGAAACAGUUGCGGUCCAAUUGCGUACCAAAGUUCAUUUCAGAUCGUUGAUCUUCGCAUCCGUCGCUUCGCCGUCACUGCAGUUUUUUGGUGAUCUUACAUAAGUGAUAAGUUAGUUGAAGGAUUUAGGUUGCACUUUAGUAAUGACUUGGUUGAAAAUCAGCAUGGAGUGAUGAUUAUCAUACUAAACAAACAAAUUAUCAAGUUACUAGAAAAGAGUUUGAAGUGCAUCAUCGGUGGACGACAUUCGAAACAUACGGAAUGGCUGAGCAUCAACCGUCCUCGAGCAAGCAGCUCCCAUCAACAUCCCACCCUACCAACAAUGACCACGACGACCGUCUGCAGUUUCUAGAACACUUUGACGACAUCUUCAAGUGUACAAUCUGUCUAAUCAAACUGCAAGACCCUCACCUCUGUCCCCGCUGUUCCAAACUCUAUUGCUACGAGUGCAUCACCGAAUGGCUACUGUCCGAAUCCGAGCAGCACAUGAACUGUCCAAACUGCAAACUCGACCUCCAAGUGGACAAACUGGUGAAAGUACGCUGGUUCGAUGAGGUGGAACAGCUCCAACGCAACUGCCUUGAACCAUCGGCGGUGAUGCCAACCAGCAGUAACGGGGCUGGUACCGCCACCAUCGCGACCAUCUCCACUGCUACUGCCAAGAAGAAGGACAUCUGUCCAAAGCACCUGAGAUCGAUCAACUUCUACUGCUGUACGUGCAAGCUGUGUGUUUGCGACGAAUGUGCCGUGACCGAUGAGCAUCAUCUGGAUCACACUUUCAAGUGCUUGGACGUGAUCUAUGACGGCAACCUACAGAUUGCGGAAGAAGAGUUCGAAAAGGUUAGACACUACACCAAGAAGAUUGCGUCACUGGUCGAAAAAGUGGAACGCAACGUCGAACUGGUGCGAAAGGUGAAAGAGGAGAAACUGAGGGAGAUCAGAUCGAUUGCGGAAAGUGCCAUCGAAGGGCUCGAAAGACAAGUGAGCGAUAAGCUGCAGAAGCUCCAGAGCCAUAAGUAUGCGUUGACGGCCGAAAUGCAGGACAUUGAGCAGUCACUUCGCAUCAUGGAGGCCGAAGUGGUGUCCAGUAGUCGAUCGCAGUUUAUUGCGAAAAAAUCGAGGAUCUUCAAGGAAUGCAACAAGAUAAGAAUGAAUCCGAUCAAGGAUUUCAAGCAGAUUCGUGUUCCAGUCAGUUUGAAAAUAGAGAUUCCCAAAAUUUACGAGACUGGCAUUUUCGUGAUCGAGAACUUCUCUUCGUUCGACGACAAUAAGGUGGCCUAUUCGAACGAAUUUACCGACGCGUUUGGGCACAUCUGGCGCAUUAUGGUGUGGUGCGUGAUCUCUGAUGAUCAACUUGGUAUCUAUUUGGAACUGGUUGAAGGGUCACCUUGUUGGAUGGAAUGUCGCUUCCAGUUACUGCAUCCCGACUCAAAGCGAAUCAUUCAUAAGCGCAUCAAGCAACACUUUGAUCGAUCCACCCAAAAGGACUGGGGUUUCCGUGACUUCGUUGCCCUGAAGACCAUUCUGGACGACAACUAUCUCAAAGAGGAUGAUUCGCUGGAACUUUUAUAUCACAUUCGACCAUGCAGUGGCGGAGGAGAAUUUGAGUAGGAUGCAUAAUCCGCUGAGAAUCGAGUCACGACUGAUGACCCAUAUAAUUAUGUUUACUGAGAGAUAUUCAGAGACUGAGUUUAGGACCAGAUCGCGCUGACCCCCUUACUUUUAAGAGGAAUAAAGUGUUCUUUUUAUCACAGCA